UAUAAUUAAACUGUUCAACAAUGGAAAAAACGGGUUUGGGUCGGGUCAAGGGUCCAUGGAGCCCCGAAGAAGACGAGUUAUUGCAUCGUCUUGUAGAGGAACACGGUGCAAGAAACUGGUCAAUUAUCAGCAAAUCUAUUCCGGGUCGAUCCGGAAAAUCGUGUACGCUAAGGUGGUGUAAUCAGCUUUCACCUCAAGUGGAGCAUAGGCCUUUUACUCAUGAGGAAAAUGAAACAAUUAUGAAAGCCCAUGCAAAAUUCGGUAACAAAUGGGCUACGAUAGCCCGUUUGUUAUCGAGCCGAACUGAUAAUGCGAUCAAGAAUCAGUGGAAUUCUACACUUAAACGUAAGUGUCCUGUCUCGUUGGAUGAUUUAACGUUUGAAAGUUAUCGACCGCCGUCAAAAAGAUUAUUAAGUACCGGGUCGGCUACGGGUAGUCCAUCUGGAUCCGACUUGAGUGAUUCGGGUUUUUUUGCCCGACCCAGUGGGAUUUUGCCACCUUCAGUUCAACAGGUUGAAACUGUUUCAUCAAUACCUGACGCAUUAACAUCUCUGAGUCUCUCUUUACCCGGAUCAGGAUCCGAAUCCGGAGAGAAUUCGGGUCGGGUGACCCGAAUCCAGCAAGUAGCUGAAACGGUUUUUAUGCCUCAGAAUCAUUGCAGUUUUGGUCUUUCAAGUAUGGAGAAACAGUUAUUUAGUCCAGAUUUUUUGGUAGUUUUGCAAGACAUGAUACGGAAAGAAGUUGAGAAUUAUAUGUCGGGAUUUGAUGAUAAAGGGGUUUCAAUACACACAGAGGCAAUAAGGAAUGCUAUUGUUAACCACAUUAGUAAAGAUUGAGUAUAUUUUUAUAUUUAAUGAGGAGGGAAAAAAGGAGAGUUCAUAGUUUUUUUAAAAAAGGUUUUUAGUUGAUGCUUUUGUAGCAUUACGUCUUGUUUCUACAGAACAAAAACUUUUGCACGAAUAUAGGAAACAAAACAGCCAAAAAAAAAAAAAAACCGAAAAUGUAGCGAAAACAAUCCACCCCCACCCCCACCCCCCGCGUCUACAAAAAAAUUAGAAAGGAAAAAAAGACUUGAAUUCUGAAUUAUCUUUUGAUGAAAUCGUUUCCAAAAUUGACAAAAUUUGUUCAAUUUAUAUGUUUGUUGAGGAGAUGUUAUUGAUAGAGUUUUCCCUUCGGUCUUUUAAAAAGUAACCCUUAAGAUAAUUAUUUAUUAAGGUAUUUGAUUAAGUUACUUCAUUAAGAUGGUAUCAAAAAGAAAGAUGGUAAGCAAGUAUAGUUAUUGAGAGGUUUAAAAAUUAAAUACUGGUUAAACUUACACAGCUAAUGACAGCCAGUUGGUGGUGAAUUGGUCAAAGACAUGCUAUUUUUGUGUGCUCUGUAAUAUGAUGGUUAUGGCAAAUAUCUUAUCAUUAAUAAAGUAGGAUGAAAGCUGUAAUUACUAAUGGUCAGUUCAGUUGGUGAGAUAUUGACAUUUUAAGUCACAUGAAAGACAAAUAAAAACAGUUGAUCACCGUUAGAUUAUUGUUCGUUCUGGUGUUUCUCUUGGUAGA